AUGUCUUUCUCAUUGAGCCGGGUCUUGAUCCCGACACGCACUAGCUUUGCCGGUGCUUCAUUGAUUGCCCCGAAGGUGUUGACAUCGUCUUUUACUCGUCUCUACUCAAGCACCAAGAGUGUCUUCAAUCCCCACGACAUCCACAGGGUUUCACACAACCCUGAACACAUACAGAGCAAAUUGCCCUCGAAGAAGGAUCUCCGCAAUGCAAAGCGGUUUCGCGAAUUUGACAUGGAGGGCCGUGUCUACGCCAUUACCGGCGGUGCGCGCGGGCUAGGUCUAUCAAUGGCCGAGGCUCUAAUUGAAGCUGGCGCUAAGGGUGAGAAAUCAACAAUUCACAAAGUAAAGUCUCAAUUGACGAAAUCCUUUGCUGACUUUAAUUUCACAGUUUACUGUCUAGAUCGUCUUGAGCAACCUGGGGCAGACUUCCUUGCCGCCAAAGACCAAGCCCAGAAUGAGUACGGCGGUUUACUAGAGUACAUUCAGAUCGAUGUCCGCAACCAUAAGGAGGUAGAGAACACAUUCGCCAUGAUCGGUGCUCAACACGAGCGUCUAGAUGGCCUCAUCGCGGCUGCAGGAAUCAACCAUCUCCAAGCUGCCCUAGACUACGACCGCGCCGCCCUCGAAGAUGUAAUGUCCAUCAACUACAACGGUGUUUUUAACUCUGCCACUGCCGCCGCCCGCCAGAUGUUCAACUAUCAGCAGAAGGGCUCGAUCCUGCUCGUCGCCUCCAUGAGUGGGCUAAUCGCAAACAAGGGAAUGACUUCCCCAGUCUAUAACUCGUCCAAGGCAGCUGUUAUUCAGCUUUCGCGGUCUCUUGCUAUGGAAUGGGGACGUCACGGAAUUCGAGUAAAUUCCCUUUGCCCUGGCCAUAUCAUUACGCCUAUGGUUGAGGGUGUCUUCCAGCAGAACCCUGCCGCUCGCGCGACCUGGGAAGCGGAGAACAUGCUUGGUCGUCUUGCGCUUCCAGAAGAGUUCCGGGGAUGUGCCCUGUUUGCUCUGUCUGAUGCCUCUAGCUUCAUGACUGGUAGCACUAUAUUGAUUGAUGGUGGACAUACCGCCUGGUGA